ACGACAGAUCACAUGACUAGCACCCAGGAGCAGGGAGAAACAUGGCCGUCUCCAGUGUGUUCAAAGCGGGUCUGUUCAACCACAAAGUGGCGGUGGUAACGGGAGGAGGCACCGGCAUCGGUAAAGCCAUCUCCUCCGACCUGCUGAAGCUGGGCUGUACCGUGGUGAUCGCGAGCAGGAAGUUGGAGAGGUUGGAGGCUGCAGCUGACGAGCUGAGACAGAGUAUACCUCAGUCUAGCCCUGCCUCUGUCACCCCUAUAGUCUGUAACAUACGCAAUGAGGAGGAGGUGAAGUCUCUGGUGCGGUCAGUGCUGCAGCAGUAUGGUCGUAUAGACUACCUGGUGAAUAACGGCGGAGGCCAGUUCAGCAGCCCAGCAGAACACACCUCAUCUAAGGGGUGGAAGGCCGUCAUAGACACCAACCUCACAGGAACCUUCCACUGCUGCAAGGAAGUGUACGCUGCGUGGAUGAAGGAGAAUGGAGGAGUGAUCGUCAACAUCAUCGCUGAUAUGUGGAAGGGCUUCCCAGGCAUGGCUCACACCGGAGCAGCGCGGUCCGCUGUAGACAACCUCACUAAGACUCUGGCCAUCGAGUGGGCCGUGUCUGGAGUCAGAGUCAACGCCAUAGCGCCGGGCACCAUCGUCUCCAAGACAGCCGUUGAGAACUAUAAGGAGUUUGGACCGACACUGUUUAAGAUGUCUAUUCCCUUCAGCCCUGCUAAACGACUGGGAGUCCCAGAGGAGAUCUCUCCAGCAGUGUGCUUCCUCCUGUCUCCUGGUGCCUCUUACAUCUCUGGAGCCACUCUGAGGGUGGACGCUGGACAGAGUCUUUACCACUCUAUGUGGGAAAUACCAGAUCACAGUGCGUGGCCCCAGGCCCCAGAGGGAGAGAAUCUGGACACUCUGAAAGAGUUGCUGAAACCCAAGCUCUAACUAUCACUACGGAAACACGGUCGUCGCUACGAAGACCAACCCAGCACCGCGGUGACCAGCCGUGGCAACGGACGGACGGGUGUUUGAUUGUAGACAGACAGUAGAUGUUUAGAGAAUUGUUUUUGAGAACGCUGAUCAGAAAGCUAUCAAUAUGAAUUCAUGGAAGGGUUGAUGUCAACUGUGUGACCCUGUGUGACCCUGUGUGACCCUGUAUGACCCUGUAUCGCCCUGUGUGACCCUGUAUCGCCCUGUGUGACCCUGUAUCCCCCUGUAUCGCCCUGUG